GGAGGGACGCGGGGAGGAGGGAGGCGCGCGGCGCCGCACGGCCGACGUGGGGCUCGCGCUCUCGCGGUCUCUCCCGGGCGGGCGCCCGGGCACGCGCAGUCGCGGGUGCGCGCGCGGACGGCCGGGCGGCGGCGGCUCCCGGAGGUGGCGGCUUCACUUUCCAGGACUCAGGGGCCGCCACAGCGACAGCCGCGGGCAGUAGCCUCGGGAGCCGGAGCUGGAACGGCCGGGGGCGGCGGCGGCGGCGGCGGCGGCGCCGAGGGAUCUAAAAUGUCCACUGAGGCACAAAGAGUUGAUGACAGUCCAAGCACUAGUGGAGGAAGUUCUGAUGGAGAUCAACGUGAAAGUGUUCAGCAAGAACCAGAAAGAGAACAAGUUCAGCCCAAGAAAAAGGAGGGAAAAAUAUCCAGCAAAACCGCUGCUAAAUUGUCAACUAGUGCUAAAAGAAUUCAGAAGGAACUUGCAGAAAUUACUUUGGACCCUCCUCCCAACUGUAGGUAAGGCAUUCCCGGUGGGAAUAGGAAGAGGCCAUGUCUGGACAUAAACCUAACUACUGUGUCAUCUUAGUAAUCAUAGGAGCCAUUUUAUAGAGGAAAGUGUUUUUUGUUUUUGUUAUUGUUGAGACAGAGUCUUGCUCUGUUGCCUAGACUGGAGUGCAGUGACACCAUCCUGGUCCAAUGCACCUCCGCCUUCCAGGCUUAAGCUGUUCUUCUGCCUCAGCCUCCUGGGUAGUUGGGACUACAGGCGCAUGCCACCAUACCUGGCUAAUUUUUGUAUUUUUAGUAGAGACAGGUUUCACCAUGUUGGCUAGACAGGUCUUGAACUCCUGACCCCAAGUGAUCUGCCUGCCUUGGCCUCCUAAAGUGGUGUGAUUACAGGUGUGAGCCACUGUACCUGGCCGAAAAAUGUGUUUUCCAGAUCAUAGUAACUAAAAUGGUAUGUAGGGAAAGUCUGUGGGGGGGAGGUGGUUAAUUUUUGAAGCUAUAUGAUAGAAUAGGAAGGUAUUGAGUCAGAAAUUGGGAACAAUGUCUAUACGUGUGAUCUCUACAAAGAACAGCCAAUGCAAAAUCUAAUUAUUAUCACUAAUUAUUUUUCUUCUCUGGUUAUUGUAAUAUUUGUACAGCAUUUUUUAACUUUUGAAGGAUUUCUGUAUGUGAUGUCAUUUAGUCUUUUCAGCUACUCUCUAAAACUCCUAAGUAACUUGUUCAAGGUUGCCUCAGCCUCCCAAAGUGUUGGAAUUAUAGGUGUGAGCCACUGCACCUGUCCGGGAAAACAUCUUCAAGGAAGGAUGUGAACUUGGCUUUGAAGAAUGAAUAGGAUUUGGAACGGUGAAAGGAAAUAGGGAUGGCUUUAGGUAAAAGAAUGAAUGGGAGCAGAAACAUAAAAGGGGAGAAUUUGAUAUAGUAAUUUUUGGGACAGUGAGCUUAACAGGUUGGCCUCCUUCCCAUGUGGGAGGUAAGAUUUGUUAGGGCUCUCUGUCUAGGAAGGGUGUUAAAAUUACUAGUCGCUAUAGUUUGAGGUUUAAAUACUGAGUAAAAGAGAAUGAAAUUGAAGUUUUGAUUUAAAAAAAUCAUGUCAUAGAAUUAAUUUGUAAUAUGGAGUGGAGAAAGACAUAAAGAGUUUGGGAAUCCACCAAGAAACGUGUUGCGUGAAUGCAGGUUCAGGUGAUUUAAGACCUGGUGAUGUGAUACUAGGAAGACAAAAAAAAGACAGGGAAGCAGGAGAUAUUUUUGAUCUGGCCUACCUUGUUAAUGGUGUGGUUUUGAGAGACAGUGAUGUCAAGAAUGACUUAAAAGAGUCAUUCUUUAAAAAGUGUAUUUGUAGACUACAAUGGUGAUACUGUUGGCAGAAACGAUUUGUCUCUAUGACCUCUGCAGAUCUUAAAAUUAAUAAUAUGUCCCUCUUUAUUUAGUUUGGCUACCUGGAAACUCAUAGCCUUAUUUGCUCCUCAGUGUUAGUAAUUAAUUGCAUUUUUGUGUAGAAACCUCAGCUCUUUGGUUGUAUUCUAUUUUUCUACCCUUUUCCCUCUUUUAUAUCUGUAUGUUCAUUUUGUACUUUCACACUACAUAAGUUUUUGUAAGCCAGCUCAGAGUCUUUUUAGAGUGAGGCAUAUUAUUGGUAAACUUACAAUAUGAAUAGCUGAAAGUUUAUAUGAAUGUGUAUUGGUUAGCAAAACUCCAGCAUUUUUUUAAGAGGAGUAAUUAAGAUGAUAAAAUAUAAAUAUACAUUGAGGACUUACGUUAUUUAUUUAGGGUACUGAAUUACUUGUAUCCAUCUCUUCUUCCUUUAUCUAAAACUGGUAAUUGAGGGAUAUAUUUUAUUCAGUCCUAUGAGUUACUGACUCAGUUCCUAGUGUUGAGUGGUUCUGCAUGGACUUUUUGAAGCCAAAAACCUUCAAAUAACAUUGGAGAUGCAUGUAUGAAGUGACUAGAUCAGUGAAGAAGAAUGAAGUACCACCUGCAAGUAGGAUGGCUGCAGAGUUGAGUUAUGUGUACUGUGUGAGAGACAGUGAGAGAGCAUGGUCUUGCCGUAUGUUCCAUUGGCAGUUCAGAAUUUCAAGAGUUUCAAGCUUGUUUAUAUUCUCAUUUCUGUACUUUCUUUUAUAAUUUUUAAGAUGGGCUCCUUCAUUACUGCCAAGAGUAUGUUUUGGUUUUUUUUUUUUUUUGCCUUUACCUUGAGGCUGACUUUUCACUUGGGGUACAACCAACAUAGACUUUUAAAAUGAUGACUGCUUGUUAUUUCAAAUGGGGGAACUUCAUGUAUAAUUGUUUGCUGUCAUGUACCUGUACCUCAAAACUGUAUUAAGGGAAGACGUAACUGUCUCAACAGAAUCACC